CUUACUACCUCUAUGAAGUGCUUUGUCUCUAAUGUGCCUAUAGAUGCCAGUGUUUUUUGUAAUACUGAUAAUACCACUCUUCCUGGGAAAAUAUAUUUCAGGAGAACCCAAGGCCGGUUUUUCAUAUUUGCUUUGAGUACAUACAUCGGCAAUAUGUCAUUUAAGGUUUACACAACGAGUAUAGAAGAACAAAAUGGUGAGCCAUGUUUUGAAAAUAUUGAUGUAGACUACGAACAUAUCGCAGGUAGGCAGAUUACUGUUUCCUCUGCGCAUCCAAAACAAAUACUGUCAGAGACAAAAGACAGUUACACUUCUUGGAUUCCCGACAUUACAGACAUGACACCUUGGAUUUUGGUUUGUUAAAUUAAUUUUCUACUAAUUAAAAUAUAAUAAGACCUUUCAUCAUACAUUAAGAGAUGCAUGUGCUUUUUUAAAAUUCUAAUAGUGUCCAAAAUUGUAAAUUUGAUUGUAAAGCAAAAAAAUGAGAAAAUAUUUAAUCAUAUUCGAUACAUUUCGUUCUGUAGUAUGACCUAGGAAAUAUAUUUAGUUAAUGAACGUGUUUAAUAAAAUUCUAGUUAUGUACAUUCACGGAGACUGCAUGGAUUUUUGUCGACUUAUUAUGUUUAUGCCUCAAUUCUUUUUUUGAAAUUAGGUAGAUCUAAAUAAUUUUUGAACUCGUUAUCGUUUUGACACAAUGCUUUUUUAAUAAAAAAUGAAUUAUAUAUUUCAGAUAUUAGUGUCGACUUGUGAUCGUUAUUAGUUUUAAUAGGAUGUUCUUAUCAACUUUAUUAUAACGUAUUUUCCUGUUUAUUUUAUUAUAUCACUGUUAUAAUAAGGUGCCAUAAUUAUCUAAUAAACUACAGAAAAAAUAUGUAUAAAAGUAUAAAUUCUUUUAUAAAUAUGAUUUUAUAUAUAGGGUAGGGAAAACAACUAUAUUUAUUAAUAUUUAAGACAUAUUCGUUCGUCCGUCGUGGUUACGACCAUUUAUUCUCGACCAAUAUGUUAAAAUGUUGCUUGCAACUGGAUAUUCAUAUGAAACAAUUCGCUCUGAAAAAUCGAAAAAAAAAUCUUACACCGGCUGUCGGUUCAGACGACAAUGUCUAGCUAGAUGGUUACUGUUUAAGAUAAGAAGGCUCUCCCGGAUUUCCGUGAAAAAGUUACCCGAGAACUAGAUAUUCCGUUUGUAUAGACAGCAGGUGCUUUAUUCUGUUUUCUUGCAUACAACAUAUUACUCAUAUUUCGAGAAAAAAAUGCAAAAAUUCAUUCUUAAAAGGAACGCGUGCAUAACUUCAUUUGAAGCAAGUUACUUGUCUUGCACAGGGUUUGUAAGACAGGGGUUUCUCGCACCUGUGUAAACAGUAGGAAAUCCUGUUUUGAUAUGCAAGAAAAUCCUUUAACACCCUUAAAGCCAAAAGAUAUAAAUCUAAAAAAAAAGAAUCUCCAACAAACGCAAAAUUGAAUAUUUUGAUGUAGUAUAUACACACUAGAAGUGUCAAGAAUUAAUAGAGAGUGAAAACAUGGCUAAUCUUAUUGUUUCGUUAUAAUAAAAAAAAAAUCAAAGUGACAAAUAUUCUUGAUCAAAAUUAAUUUAUUCAACUAGGUGGAUUUAUUCACUUUAACAACAAUAGAAGGAUUUGGUAUUAAUUUUCCAAACGAUUGUGAUGCGUGGAUGGCAUUUAGUUUCUAUCAUGGCACGAAUAAGGACGAUCUACAGCUAUACAAUGACAUGGAAUUAAGAAUAUCCCCAUUUUUUAAAUUACGGAAAAAUUUGACAAAAAUGUUCACUUUUCCGAGACCAAUCAAAACAACAUACGUUAAAUUCAGUAAAGUACUUGAAAAUCCAGCAGACAAAUCUAGAUGUCUUAGUUUCAAAUUGUUCGGCUGUAAAAAGACAGGUAUCACUAAUAUCAACAGCGGCAGUUUAUCUGAACUGGUGCCUCUUAAACAAGAAUUACGAUCUGGAGAUUCAUAUCUUAUUGGAAAUAUAAGUGUAGAGGAGUGUAAACGCCUUUGUAGCUCGAACAUAAGUUGUAGUGUUGCCAAUAUCAAUGAAGAUAGACUUUGUCAGCACUACAUGUGUAGUCAACUUGGAAUAUGGAAACAUUCUAUGAUAGCCAAUGGUAGUCAUUGGUUUGCAAAACUACACAACUAUGUACAUCUGAUGGUAUUUCCGAGAGUGAACAACUCGGAUGGAUCGUUUUUUGGAAACGUACAGUACGUUCAUACAGACUCCAUAAUAGCGUCAUUAAGUUACCCCUUUAAAACAAUAUUAGAUAGUGAUAUACAAUGGAUUGUAAAUUUUGAGCCACGUCAGUUUGCUAAACUAGUUUUCACUAACCUAACAUUAUCUGAGCAGUGUGAACUUAUUGUUAAAACAUCACAAGAAAGCAACAGUGGAUUCGCCAUAGAUGAGCUUUUAAACGAAGAAGUAUUUGUAAUAGAAACAAACAAAAAUCUGUUGUUUUUAACAACUAUUCCCAAAACGAUAUUGUCAUCUACAUGUAAAAUAAAAUUCCGGGCAAUUGUUACCGCUGAAGAAAUUCCAGCCUGCUUUGAAUUCAAUUUACUUGAACAUUCGAGAAGACAUUUCAAAAGAAGAAAGGAACUUUGCAAAGAACCAGUCAUGUUCCUUACAUCCCUUUCGUAUCUAAAUCUUAAUCAAAAUUUGGAAGAAAUGUUUACAAUCAAAGCCGGGGAACAUCAAAGCAUCGAACUUACCUUCAUUGAUUUUUACACACCGUGUUAUAAGGUUAACGGAAAUUUGAGAUCAAGAUUCGCUAUUGAGGAUGCCGAUGGAGAGCACGAUUUUUGUUCACAAUGUCUACCGCCAGAAAAAUACAAAUCAAAAAGUUCAGAGAUUCAUAUAUAUUUUCGAGUUUUGCAUGGAGAACGACUAAAUGAUGGAGCAGUCAUGGGACAAAAUGAAGGAUUUCGAAUACAGUAUAGACUAUCAGAUCAUAAUCUUCAAAGGUACACAACUGACGUAGAAAAAUAUAGGUCAUCAGGCAUGUAUGAUUAUAUCCUUUAAUUUCGAGUAAAUACAUACAUAGUUUUAUUUCUAAAUACUGCCAUAUCUAUACUU